AUGUUCCGAGUCUUGAACGGCGUAUUUCUACCCAGCGGAACCACAUCCAACGAGAGGCUGCAUCACGAGAUCAACCACUGGAUCCGGGAGACGGCUGCCCUGCGCAAAGCUACCUCGGUUAUGAAGCUUGACUUCUUCCAAUCUGUCAAGGUGUUCACUCAUAACCAGGCCCUCUACAGGCCCCUGCAAAGGCAGGCGAGCCAAGCGGAGAUGACGAGACGAGCCUUGAAGGCCAACGUCCAAGUCAUUCUCCCGCGCCCUGCGUGGAGAGCUUGGUGCAAGGAGUUGACAGUGCCAGGAUCUGCUCCAAAACGAGCUCAGCUCCAGGUCCUCAAGCAAGGCCGGGCAGUGCGGGAGGCAAUGCGACAAAGGAAGGCGGAG